AUGCGGGACUGGGAGCCGGUAGAGGAAGAAGACUCCUCGGCCGGUGAGGAUGAAAGCAAGGCCACAACUUUCCGGCCACUAUCGGCGGCGCCGCCGCAUAUGCUGGCCUUCCACCUGGCCUGGUUCUCCCUCUUCUGGUGCUUCUUCUCCACCUUCUCCGCCCCUCCCCUGCUCCCCGUCAUCCGCAACGAGCUCGAUCUCACGUCCGGCGACGUCGCCAACGCCGGCAUCGCCUCCGUCUCUGGCGCCGUGUUCACGCGGCUGGGGAUGGGCGCCGCCUGCGACCUCCUGGGGCCGCGCGUCUCCUCGGCGGCUCUCUCCCUGGCGACGGCGCCGGCCAUGUUCGCUGCCGCCACCGUGUCCUCCGCCGCCGGCUUCGUCCAGCUCCGGUUCUUCGUCGGUUUGUCACUGGCCAACUUCGUCGCCAACCAGUACUGGAUGAGCUCCAUGUUCUCGCCGCCCGUCGUCGGGGUCGCCAACGGGGUAUCGGCGGGGUGGGCCAACGCCGGCAGCGGCGCCGCCCAGCUUCUGAUGCCGCUGCUCUACUCUCUCCUUCUCCAGCGAGGUCUCAGAUCCUCCCUGGCAUGGCGAGCCGCCUUCUUCCUGCCCGCGACGUUCCAGGUCCUGACGGCGAUCGCAGUCUUGUUCCUCGGCCAGGACCUGCCGGAGGGGAACUUCAGCGACCGAGGUUACCCCUUGAACAGGACCAAGAGGACCCUGCGAGAGGUAAUCUCCAGCGGGAUCAAGAACUACCGGGGAUGGGUCCUGGCGCUGACCUACGGGUUCUGCUACGGCGUGGAGUUGACGAUGGAGAAUAUCAUCUCCGAGUACUUCUACGACAGGUUUGACCUCAAGAUCGAGGUGGCCGGAGUUCUGGCGGCGAGCUUCGGGCUCGCCAACGUGGUUUCGAGGCCGAGCGGCGGGCUUCUUUCGGACUUCAUGGCGGCGAGAUUCGGAAUGAGGGGGAGGCUAUGGAGCCUGUGGGUGGUACAGAGCUUCGCCGGCGUGUUCUGCGUCCUGCUGGGACGGGCGGCGACGCUUGUCUCCUCUGUCGCCAUGCUCAUCUGCUUCUCCAUCUUCGUCCAGGCCGCCGCCGGGCUCACCUUCAGCGUGGUGCCCUUCGUCUCCCGAAGGUCGAACCAGAGAUCAUCCUCUUCCUCCUCAUUCUCUCCGUGAGAACUGAUCGUCCUCUUCCUCUUCAUUCUCUCCGUGAGAACUGAUCGUCCUCUUCCUCCUCCUUCGCAUAUGCUUCCGCAGGUCGCUGGGGGUGAUCUCGGGGAUGACGGGGAGCGGAGGCCCGGUCGGCGCCGUGGUGACGCAGCUGCUGUUCUUCUCCGGAACUUGCGGCUCGAAGGAGAAGGGCAUCUCCCUGAUGGGGCUCAUGAUGCUGGCAUGCACCCUCCCGGUUCUGCUGCUGUUCCGCCGCCCGCUGGCGCCGCCCGGCGAAGCCCCCGGUGGCGGGGACUUCCUCCCUCUCGAGGGCGACCCACAGGGAGGACAAGUGAAUCAUGCAAAUCAUACUCCAGAUUCAUAA